UACUAUUAUUACUUUUCAUUUAUUGAGUUUCCAGUCUAAUAUAAUUAAAUUCUUGUAAAAAUCGCGCAUAUUUUUUUAUAAAAGUCAUUAGAGAAAUUAUGAAGAAUUAUUCUUAUUUUUACUUGUUAUCUUUGUUAUCCAAAGGAUUCGAUUUAUGUCUGUUUGCAAUUAUUGCAUUUAUCGAAUUCCAACUUAAUAUAACUAAAUUCUUGUAAAAAUCGCGCAUACUUUUUAUAAAAUUCAUUAGAGAAAUUACGAAGAAUCGACAUAAACUCUAAUGAUUUCCAUUAUUGUUCUUAUUCUUAUUUUUUCAUAUUUGUCCAAAGGCAUAUUGCGAUAUUAUCUAAAUACAUGGAACAACCAUUUUAUGUUCUUUUGCAAUUACUGCUUCUUGCCGUAGCUGAAUGGCACAAUUACUCUUCAUUUGUCGACUUUUUCCUGUGAUAUAAUUAAUUUCUUGCAAAAAUCGCGCGUAUGAUUAUCUCGCAUACCGGUAAGUACAGUAAACGUUACAAAUAUUUAUAAGAUCGUUUCUUACCUGUUCGUUAAGAACGGUUCGCGGAAUCGAAUGUUAAGAAUGGUAAUUUUCCUCUCUUUCGUAAUAAAAUUCACGAUGAAGACGGGAAAUCGUUGACGAUUUUCUCUUCUCGAAACUCUUCGUUGAAUCUCGACGCGUGAUCCGCAUAAACGAUCGCGAGUGAACGAAUCAUCCUCGAGCCUUCGCGAAAAGGGUAUCUGGAAGAUUUAUUCCGGCGAUGGAAACGCGCCUUAAGGUUUUCGUGAAAUUCACGCCGACGACCACGACGACCGAGUGGAAUCUCUUGUACAUUAAAUUAGCCGGGGUUGACGAUUAACUCGAGAUCAUUUACGAGACCUGGCUACCGCCAUCUUUACUACCUCUCCGUCCACCCUGUCUCUCCCCUCCCUUCUCCUGCUAACUGCGGUAAUUGAAUUUGAGAGCGGCUCUCCGUAUUCCUGACUCCGGCUUCCUGUAUAUACCGGAAAUAAAAAGAAAAGAAAAAAGAGAAGAAAAUUUGAUAGCCUCGCCUCGUUUUCUCUUGGAAAGGGGGCAACCUUGGAGGUCUCGGAGAUGUUGGAGAUCUGUGAUUACGCGACAUUUUCCCUCCUCUAUAUAAUAUUGUUUAACGUUUCGUAACUCGAAAUUGCCCGCUUGUAUGCAGUUUGUCAAAGUUUGUUUGUUAUAUCCAUUUUUGUAUAAAUUUUUUAGAUGGACGGAAAUGGUAUCAGCGACGUAUCAUUUUAAAGGGGGAAAUAUAACAGAUAUUUCGAACAAUUUGUGCAAUUUCAGAGCAGAUUCCUUUUUUGUACGUUUCUCGAUUGCGAAACGAAUGGUUUUUUAUUUUGUAAAUAAUACUAAUAAAAUUUCACUUUAACAAUUUUUAUUCGCGAUAAUGAAAAUUAUUCUUGAAUAGUUUUCUUCGUAUUCCUGUAUUCGUUCUUCGUGUGAAUCAAUAUUUGAUUUAAUAAACGUUUAAUAGACGAAACGUUUACAAAUCGUUUAACGACUUCUCAAAAAGAGAAACAUCAUUAUCUGAAGAAUAAGCGAGGAUAUUACAGUUGGUCCGUGUACAUGUAUAAAAUAUAAAUAGGUUUAGAAAGUUGUAUCGCGGAAAAAUACCCUCGUUCACGGUGUACCGCCAUAACGGUUGAAGUGGCCAUUGAAGAGUGGGCGCAUCAAUAAAAGAAGCUCCCACAUCUACCGUAUGUUUAAUACAUUCAAUUUCUCGACUCAUGACUGCAUUCAUAACGUCAAUUAUGAAAUAACGCUAAACGCAAUAUCAGCUACUUUCAAUAUAAUGCCUGUGAAUUCCAUAUGGAUUUAACGGUACUCGUGCGAUCUUGCGACAAUUCACCUGUCGAUUCGUUCCGAAUUCCAGAAUUCGAAGAGGAAGAAAUUUUAGAUAAAAAAAUCGAUCCAUCGAUCAAUUUUAAAGGAUUUCAAAGUCUCUUCGAUAACUCAAUUAUCACAUUAAGAAUAACAGAUCUUUCGAGAAACUUCGUAAAGUAGAUAGAUUCUCCAAAUCCUUUAGAAUGCUUCGUUUUGCCUAAAUUCCCUUCCAAGGAGCUUCGAAUUCUCUCCAAGAUUCUUAUCCUAAUUUCCUCUCGCAGACGACUUCCCUUCGAUCGCAAAAGAGCGGAAAUAGCAAAGAGGAAAUCAUAGAGAAAAAUAUCGAUAUACAGAUCUCUGGAGAAACUUCGUAAAACGGAUGAGAUUUGGAAAUUCUUAUCCCAAUUCCCUUCUAUCCUCAGCGACGACUUCCCUUGGAUGGGGAAAAAAAGCGGAAACGAGUGGGGCUUGGAUCGAUUGUUAACCCCCCGAUCGAUGCUCGAUCGAUGACGUCGCGGAUGUCGUGCACGAGGAAUAUGAAGAGUAAGCAAGCCCCUUGGCUCCGACACGAGUCGAGCAGGAUCGUGGCGGCAUGGCAGGAGGUCAAAGAACGCGAAUCGCAAACUCAUGCGAUCGGCGCGUUGCGCGCGGCCUCUCUCGAGCGCUCGGGCUCUCGGUUGUUGGAAGCUCGGCCAGCCGAAAGGGGACGGGAACACGUUGGAAAGCCGAAGCGGGACGGAGAGGGAGAUAGGUGGUAUUCGCCAGCUGCCGUUGAACGUGUUCAAUGCCGCAGUUGAAGCAAGAAAGCGGUCGGCGGAGGAGAAGAGGUCGGUCGGUCGCUCGCUCGCUCGCUCGCUCUCGGUUCUCUCUCUCUCUCCUUGGUGGGGAUGGAGCCGUGUGGGCCGGCUGUGGUGGUGCUGCCGCUACUCCUGCUUCGUGUUCCUCUUUCGACUUCAGUUCUCUCUCUAUAUACGUACCGGGAGGUAUUGCCAUUGCCGGGCCGGCCAGCAUGCUCUAGGCGGCCUCGAGAGAGAGGAGAGCACCACCUUGGAUCGGCCUCUGUCAGGUUUUUAGUCGAAACUGUUACGCGCUCCAUCGAUAGAUACUCCUCUCUACCUCUCUCCCCCCCCUCUCUCUCCUUUCCUCUCUUUCUAAUUGUGUUUCAACCCGUUAAUUUAUCGACCUAUUCAUCCGUAUAAUUUCUUAGGAAAAAACGGUGUCUGAAAGUGGUAAAUCGUUGUGUAAUAAGAGUAUAUAUAUGUAUAUAUAUAUGUAUAUACACAUAUAUAUAUAUAUAUAUAUAUAUGUAUAUACACGUACCUGUAGAGCGUGCGGUAGCGAAGCCGGAAUGUCGCCACGUUAAGAUCGUCUUUCUGCUCGUAAAUCCGACUGCGUUCGUAUCAGGAGGCACGGUAUAACGGAGCCGUAUCCGGCAGUGGUUGUCCAGUGCAAAGAGAGAAGAAAACGUGUGAAACUAGUAUUAUUAUAUACAGAGAGAGAGAGAGAGGGGGAGAGAGAGCGAGAGAGCUUCGGGCGAGAGUACUUGUUCCGAGGCGAGGAUUUCCAAACGAGGGCGAGGAUGAGAAGAAGAUAGGAAGAGCGAAGGAAGAACGAAUUUGGAGGAAAAUUGUGAGGAUCGGAUUCUUUCGGACCGGCAGAGUCGGAAAGAUAAAGAAGAAGGGAAAAGAAAAGGUGGAGAAAAAGGGAGACUUAACGCGCUAGUAGUAGACGGUUGACAGUCGACGAGGACGAAGCGAAAGGCAGCUUCGAACUUGUUAACCGGUUUCCGCGGAUCGGCAUGCAGAACGACACUCUGCGAAGACUACGUACGCCACGAAGUGGAGCCCUCGAUGUUCCGUGCGUGUCCCACGCGUAAAGCGAUCGGACCGGUCUGCCGGAUCAGAGACGGAUGAUCACCUGCCAACGAUAGUAUACCUUACAGCGGUACAAGCUGGUACUGGAUAAUUUUCGAAGAGCCUGAGAAUGGAUGGGAAACCAUGAGUAGCUUGUGAAACGAUUUUAUCGCCACGGUGAAUGAUAUUUUGUUAUUUAUUGCUUCGAGUCGAGUGUUCGAAGGAGGAGGGAAAAAAUCAUGUUUGCUUUACGAGGAUUUUUGAAAUAGAGAGGGAGAGAGAGGGAGAAGGAUGGACGGGAAGGAUUAUUGUUUCAACGAUUGGAAAAAGGAAGGGUGAGAGAGCGAGGGAGUGAAGAGACAUCGACGCGGGGGAAGGAAGGAAACUAGCGCGUCGAUCAUCGAAACGUGCUUCCCUCGUGGUUUCGUGAGAUAUUUUUAAUACUCCUGUGAGUGUGAUCCAUCGAACGGUUGUUUUUCUCCGUUUUCUCCGAGAAGUGGAGAGCAAGGACAGAGUUCUGGCUGCCCGUUAUCUGAAACGCACGAAAGAAUUCUUUAUUUCCAGAGUAUACUUGUUACGCGUUGCACAUUGUUGAUCCACCGAGUGAAAUUCCAGAUAAAGAGUGUGCCUGUUCGCCGAUAAGUGAAUGAAGGUUUCUCGCCGGGUAACAGUGUUGAAUCGUAUCGCUUGUACAACCGGUAUGCCGGUAGUAUGCGAAUUAGAAAGUGUGCUAGGUGGUGCCAUGGACAAGUGGGUGCCCCGCUCGAGUUAACGAUCUACCUUCGAAAAUGAGAAUUCGAAAUAAACGAAGAACGAAGAAAGAUCCGAGAUUAGUGCUUUAAAAAAAAAGUAUCCGAUCGAGCGUCUGCUCCUCGAUCGCUCGACAAAUUACACGAUGGUUAUUUUAUUUUGUUUUUCAUCUUCCCUAAACCCGUGGAAGAGAGGGAGAUACGAAUAAACACGCGUCUUUGGAAAGAUAAAGUGAAUCGUGACGGAAGGAAUCUACGCAUGAUUUGCUGGCCAGAUUAAUCAACAAUAUGUUCAGUGAAUGGAAGAACGGAUCGUGGGUCGAGUGAUUCUUUUUUUCUUUUUUUCCUAAUUAAUCGGAAAAAUUGGCAAAAUUUGGCGAAAGCCGCAAACCGUGCGCUUCGAAUCGAGUUGGAGGACGAAGAAGUGCAACGGUCGCCGUGGCAUGAGGAGGUUCACACGCAGGCGCAAAACCCUGGCCGCAUUCUCUGCGAUUAUGGGACGCCUUGGUAAAGGCUCGCAGAGCAGCACGACGAGGCCCAUCUUCAGGGUACAGUAUCGCAAACUCGUGGACGAGUACAACUCGCAGCAACAGGAACAGCUCAAGUUCAUGCCAGCGUUACCCGAUUACAUGUCGUACUGCUGUUGCCGAUGUGGUCACACUCAAAAACUCAAAGCGGAGGAGUUAAACACCAUUGUCGGCAAUGCUUUUCGUAUGGCAUACGUGGCGCAGCUUCAGCGCCAACCGAUCCUUCAAGAUGUGAUCUCACCGCAAUCAUCGCCACCCUACCGAAAGGACAAACAGGAGAAUCGAUCUUCGUGGAACAAAUCGCUGGCUGGCGACAGCUCGAUCGCCGGCGCGGGAGGUGUUUGCAGGAAUUCGUCUUCGAAUUCGUGGCUAAAAAGUCGGACGUCGCCCACGUCCAGAACUGGAAGCGGCUCGUCUGCGGCGGACAUGAACGUACAGCUCGGCAGCGCAGGCUCGCCCACGCUGCGACUCGCUAGCGUGAAGACACCGAACUCGAUCCCGGGUCUACGGCCGACGCACAACUUCACCAACGUUCUCGGCCCAAUAACGAACGAGGAUGAGCCAAAGAGUAUCUCUCAGCAGAGCACACCGAGCAGCGAUGAGAGCAACUCACCUACGGAGCUAAAUUCGUACAAGAGACUAACGGACAAGCCGCCUCUGAUAAAGCGGCUGGCGAUGGGUUUGACAGGUGGACGUGACGUUCUUGGGUUGAACGGUGAGGAUGACAGCUGCCCCCUCGUCAGUGGUAGCAGCACACCGACGAGCCCGUCAAACAGGCCGCAUUCUGGGGGUUAUAUAAACGAGGCGAUCAUCGAGUCCGAGGGCACGAGGCCGGCGUACAACAAGAUACCCCCAUCUGAGAGUCUGGACAAUACCAUCAACGCCUCCAUCACUGCGAAAAAUUUCAAUAUUGAGAACAACAGGAUAGGACAUAAUUCUCCCAGCUCUGGCACGGAAACAGAAUUCAAAUCGAAGAGAAGAUCUCAGAUCAGUACCUCGAGCAGUUCGGUGCCCGCUGAUGGAAGUACACAUGGUUCCACGCCGACCCCACCACCUCUUCCUGAAAGAACGGAUAGCCUUAACAACCGCAGUGAAGAAGCUGAACUACGAAAAGCUCCUUGGUUUCAAGCUGGAAUACCAAGGGAAAUAACGCUAGAAGUGUUGAGUCAGGAGCCGGAAGGAGCCUUCAUGGUGCGAGAGAGUACCAGUAAACCCGGAUGUUAUGCCCUUUCGCUUCGAGUGCCGCGCGAAUUCCAACCAAGCGGAAUAGCCCAUUAUCUCAUAAUGCGUACGAACAAAGGCUACAAAAUCAAGGGUUUUACAAAGGAAUUCACGACACUGACUGCUCUAAUUACUCACCACUCAGUGAUGCCAGAAUUACUACCAUGUCCUUUGUCAUUAAGUCGAUACAACCCAAGCUUUGUGAAAAGCGAUUCCAAUAAAGACUUUGCGGACAUCGAUUCGGAUCCCGAUUACAAUACCUUAGCCGACUUUCGCAAAAUGAUGGCUGACCUGAACGUCUAGAAUAAAGCUCUUGUAAUCAGAA